GCGAAAAGAAGCGAGGCAGUUGAAUUAACUGUUCUAGUUACUGAAGGAAAUGGCAUUUAUUAAUUGUCUAACUUGGAUAAGAGUGCAAAGAAGUCAAAUUAAUUUGCGCCCAAGCCAUUAUUGUGUAAACUAUAAUCAUUAUUUUCUAUGAAAACGAUGUAAUGUGAGCUGUAUUGGUUUGUGAAGCAGUUGGCACGUUUCAUAAACUGAAAGCAUUCCAGUACUAAAGAUGAAUGACUGAGGAAUUAUGUGCUGCAGAAACCAUGUUGAUUAAAACAAGACUUGGCGAGCUGCAAAAAUUUGUCCGACUAACGGAGCCGAAUCUGAAGGAGUUUUUGACAGCAGCAUUUGCAAAAUUUGGCGUGCCAGCUGUAACAGAGGGCGUGAAGGUUGUUGACAGUUCAGGGACUGAGUUGGAUGAAGAUGUUAAGGAUCCCUCUGCUAACCAUCAAAUAUGAAACUGCAUCAUCCGAAGAAGGAUCUUGUCAACAAGGGCUUGGAGGACCAGCUGCUAGACGAGACACCAAGUUUGUUCCAGAGACUGUCCUGAGUGAAGAAGAGUGCAAGGAAGCCAUCGCACUGAUUAAGCAUUCAGCUGAUGAGGACACAAUCAAGAAGAAGAUGAAGCUCACAUUUGACUUCCGGCGCAACAUGGUCCUUGACCCCCAACGGUCAAGCAACAUACUCUCUGUCUUUCCACGUUUCAAAGAUGUCAAAGGCUUGGUGGAGCAGGAUUUUGUCCUGAUGUUUGGAGAAGAUGUGUCUGGCAAGUUUCUGGAAAAAUGGACGACCACGUUCAAGAGAAAGAUCAUCCAACAAUGCAGGGAGCUUCCAACCACCAGUGACCUUGAAGAACUUCUCCUGGCAGCUGAUACUCCUGAGGAUAGCACUGAAGUGGAUGAUGACAUGAGUUGGGACAGUGACCUCUCAUCGAUUUUGCUGCUGCUACACCUGAUUCCCCCCUCUGCCUUGGGUCGUAAGAGACCAGGGAAGAUGUCUGCCUCCCAAGCAGAGAAGCGUCUUGUGGUCUUCAAGAAGAUAGGAACCAACAUCCAAGAACAUCUUGAUGCCAUCACGACGAGCACACAACCCUAUCUCCACCAGUUCUUCAUCAUCCUUGACAAGAAUGCCAUUGCUUGCAGGUCAACAUCCUCUCUUGGUGCUUUUGAUGAACUGUUUAAGGCACAUUACGUGUUUGCCACAACAUACAUGUUCAUGGCUACUUGGAUGGAAAAACUCUUUGCCUUAAAUGUACUCUGUCAACUUUGAGCCGUCAAUGGGAUGUACACCAUGUGAUGUUACUGUGACAAAA